AUGAAGAAAGCUCAUCUUCUUCUCAUCUUCACUCUCUUCUCCAUCUGCAAACUCUGCCCAGCCUCUGAACAACCCUCCCCGGUGCUCGACAUCGAGAGCAAUGUGGUGAAAGCAGGGGUUGACUACUACAUUCUGCCAGUUGUACGCGGAAUGGGUGGCGGGCUCACGGUGGGGUCCACUGGAAACCGGACUUGCCCGUUCAACGUCGUCCAAGAACAGCUGGAAGUUGACCAGGGCCUCCCGUUGACUUUCCACCCGGUCAACCCCAAGAAGAGCGUGGUCCGUGUGUCAACAGACCAAAACAUCGAGUUUUCUGGUAUGUCGAUUUGCGUUCAGUCGUUGGUUUGGACUCUAGAGAGAGAAGAGUCGAGCAGCCGGUAUUUGAUCUCGACUGGUGGGGUCAAGGGAAAUCCGGGACGGGAAACUGUUAGCAACUGGUUCAAGAUCGAGGAAUACGAGGGUGAUUACAAGCUCGUUUUUUGCCCGACGGUGUGUAAUUACUGCAAAGUUAUGUGCAAAGAUGUUGGGGUUUUUGUGGAGGAUGAUGGGCAGAGAGUUUUGGGUUUGACAGAUAAUGCUCCCUUCAGGGUUAUGUUCAAGAAAGCUUCAACUUGA